AUGACUCAACCAGAUCCAAUCAAUAUUUUGUUAUUAUUAGUCUUCCUUUCAAUAGGAGUAUUUUUCAUAUUAUUCUUUUGUGCAUAUCGAUUGUUUUUUAACAAUUCUGAAAGGAAUGAUUAUACUUUAAUUGGAUCUGAUUUCAUGGGUUCUAGUUCAAAUGAUGUCCCACGAGAAUUCCUUAAUGAUGAAGAAUCUUUAACUCAUCUUGCUGAAACUUACGAUUUCACUCAUUUAUCACCAGAAGAACAAUCAGCAUAUUUAAAAGCGGAAGAAUUUACUAAAAAUCAUCCACCUGAUUUUCAUAAAGUUAGAGGGAAAACUUUUACAACUGAAGAUGAAAAAUUAAUUAAAGAUUGUGGAAUUAAUGCUUUUCAAUUUGAUUGGGAAGAAGAUUUAUUAAAUCCUCGUUAUAUUGUUGCUGAUAGAACUGAAUUAAAUUUUCAUAAUAAUAAUACUCCUUAUUCAACGGUAACUGCAAUUUUAAAUUAUCCUUUACCAGUUAAAAAUAGACUUUAUUCAGAUACAAUUUAUUUUGAAACUAAAAUUUUUGAAUUUAAUAAUAAUAAUAAUCCAAAUGCUCAUUUUUCAAUUGGUUUAGUUACAAAACCUUAUCCAAAUUCAUUUAGAUUACCUGGUUAUAAUAAAUUCUCAAUUGGUUAUGAAAGUACUGGUAAUUUGAAAAUCAAUAAACCAUUCCCAACCCCAUUACAACAACAUCAGGGGGAACAAAGUGAAUAUAAUGCCCUUGUGUUACCUCCAUUACAACAAUCAGAUAUUGUUGGGUUUGGUUAUGUUAUUACCACUGGUACCAUAUUCAUCACCAGAAAUGGUAAAAAGAUUUUAGAUGUCAUGAAAGGUUGUUUUGUCGAUUUAUAUCCUGCAGUUGGAUGUUUCCUGACUAAUGCAAAAUUUCAAGUUAAUUUAGGACAAUUGGGAUUUGUUUGGAUUGAAGCAAAUGUUAGAAAAUAUGGAUUUGUAUCUACUAGUGAUUAUAAGAAAAUUGGUGGAGAUCGUGGAUUAGCUGCUUUACCUCAAUAUGAUCAAGCAAUUGAAGAUGGUGACAAGGUUUUAGAUAAAGGUGAAGAAUUACCUCCAAGAUAUCCCGAAGAAGAAUUGGAUUUCUUUGGUAGAUCAUCAAAGGAUAUUGUUAGAUUAGGAUCUUCCUCCAAGCAUGCAGCACAAUUGAAUGAAAAACCAGAAGGUGAUAUUCCUGAUUAUGAAAUUGAAGAUGAAGUUAAAGAAGUUCCACAAGAAGGUAGUUCUACAAAAGUUACUAAUGAACCAGAAGAAAUUAUGGAUUUAAGAGAAAGAAUAUAUGAACAACAUAUUCAAAAUGAAAUUUCUGAAGAAAGCCUUCCCUUAUUGGCUGUUGAUCUGAAUGGAUCGGCAAAUUAUGAAAGUACUGAAUAUUCAAAACAAAGGAAAUCAGAUUCAGAAAACCCACCAGCCAGUUCUUCUACAGGAAAGACUAGUCAUAAAUAUACCGAAUCCCUGUCAGCUCAACCUCAACCCCAACAACAACAACCAGAACCAACCUCCCAACCCCAGGACCAACCAAUACAACGGGAAGUAUCUACACCAAUCCAGCCACAAGCAGAACCAACGGUACCAAUAACCCCUGAUACCCCUACUCAAGAAACUACACAACUGCCAGAAGUUCAGGCAAACGCAGAAGCAGACGUAGAAGAAGAAGAAUCAACUCCUCAACCACCAUCAGAUGGAUCAGCACCAGCAUCUGCAAACGCCACACCUUCAAAAUCUACCAAACCAAAAAAGAAGAAAAAGAAGGCAAACAAGAAAAAAGGUAAGAAGAAGUAA